CAAUCUAGAAUUUCUCCAAAUUCAAACCCCACCGUUCCAGUCACAGCUUGCGACGAUGGGAAAAUCAUCUAAAGAUAAGCGCGACGCCUACUACCGGCUCGCCAAGGAGCAGAAUUGGCGCGCGCGCUCUGCGUUCAAAUUGAUCCAGAUUGACGAGCAGUUCGACCUCUUCGAGCAUGAGGACCCAGACCAGGUAACACGGGUGGUCGACCUGUGCGCCGCCCCCGGCAGCUGGAGCCAAGUCCUCAGUCGGGUCUUAAUUAAAGGAGAGAGCUUUGGCCGGAGAGCGUGGGUAGAGAAACAGCGCAGAGAGCAACAAGCGCUAGCAGAGGCCGCCGCCGGGACGACAGAAAGCCAGACUAAUGGAGAAGACACGCCGGAGCUGAAGCCGCGCAAGAACGUCAAGAUCGUCUCCAUCGACCUGCAGCCCAUGGCGCCGCUCGAAGGCAUCACGACGCUCAAGGCGGACAUCACCCACCCCUCCACCAUCCCGCUUCUUCUCCACGCGCUAGACCCAGAGGCCUACGACCCAGCCUCUCUUUCCUCGACCCAGCGCCAACCCAACCCCGUCGACCUCGUCAUCUCGGACGGUGCCCCCGACGUCACGGGUCUCCACGAUCUCGACAUCUACAUCCAAUCGCAACUCCUGUACGCGGCACUGAACCUCACGCUGGGCGUCCUCCGCCCCGGCGGCAAGUUCGUCGCCAAGAUCUUCCGCGGCCGCGACGUAGACCUCCUCUACGCGCAGCUGCGCACGGUAUUCGAGAAAGUCAGCGUCGCCAAGCCGCGCAGCAGCCGCGCCAGCAGUCUGGAGGCCUUCGUCGUGUGCGAGGGGUUCAUCCCACCGGCGAUCCACGACGGCCUGCGGGGCAUGGAGGCGCUGAAAAGCCCGCUGUUCGGGGGAGCCGCCGUGCCGAGCUCACUGUCCGCGGACGGGAACCUCGCGGUGGAGAUGACGGACGAGGAUGCGACGGAUGCGGCGCCUCCAGCUGCACUGGCCGUUUCGUCGACAGGCGCCGACGGGAAAACGGAGGUCCGCAUGCUUCACGCUGACUCGCACGCCUCGUCGACCGCCGAGCCACUCGCUCAGAAGCUCGUUCCCGAGAAGUUCGCCGUCGAGAACCGGUGGAUCCCGCGGUUCAUCGCCUGCGGGGAUCUGUCCUCGUGGGACUCGGAUGCGUCGUACACGCUGCCGCCGGACCAUGUGAGUUUGGAUCCGGUCCAGCCGCCUAUGGCGCCGCCUUACCGGCGGGCGUUGGAGCUGCGGAAGCACAAGGGCGGGGCGUAUGGGAAAACGAAGCUGGGGGCUGUUGGGCGGGCGUGAUCCUCCUCAGAGGUUUACAUGAUGUUUACGAUGAUUUUCUUACUGGUUCGGUUUCGGGUCGAUUAGCCGACUGAAA